AGUGUUUCAGUUGGGGUGGAAUUUGGCUUCUUGACUUGUUCAAAGAGAUGAUAGAACUGAUGAAAAGUCUUAUUUCUGUCUUCUUUAAUAUGUAUACUCUUGUAAAUAUGGAGAAUGUGAUGGUUCAGUUGCUUUAAAAUCAGUACAGAGAACAGAGAUGACGGCAACUCAUAUGGAAGUUGCGAUCACUAUACGUAUGGUAUUCUGCGUCUAACCAGAUUUUGGGUCUUGCCAGGAACACGACCGUUAGUUCUUGAAAAUUAUUUGUUGCUCAUCCACGAUGUUGUUUCCUUGCAAGCAUGUUCCAUUCAAGAUGGCCAUGACCAACCCACUCGCAUCUGCUUUCGUGAUCAUACUUAUUAUUUUCCCAGAAAUCACUGCACUUGUAACCUCACCUGCACCAGGUAGCACCGCGUCCACAGCCAUUGAAUCAGGGCCAGAUGAUACCGUAAGAGCGGAUCCUUUGAAUAAUUUCAAGAGAUACAGAGGAGGAUUCAACGUCACUAACAAGCAUUAUUGGAGUUCAGUGAUAUUUACAGGAGCGUGUGGAUAUGCGAUUGGGUUGCUCUGCCUUGUGUGUGGACUGCUUUAUGCAAGUUUUGUGGGGACAACCAAACUCUGCUGCAAAGCUGAUGCAAGAAGGAAGACGAAGAGCAGAUGCGCUUGUGAUGAUUUUUGGUUCAUUCUCCUCGCUAUAUUGCUCACAAUAUUAGCCGCGGCUGCGACUGGGAUUGUUCUUGCUGGGAGUUCCAAGUUCUAUUCUGAAGCAAGAGCUUCUGUUAAUAUCAUAAUAAGGACGGCGAAUGAGGCCUCACAAACUCUUUACAACACAACGGGAGCUCUGAAAGACGUUCAAAGUAAAUUGGAGGGAUCCAGUGUGGGUGACCAGGCUUUUCAUGUUCUUACCUCUACGACUCACAAACUCGAUGCUGAAUCUGCUCUUGUCGAAAUGCAAGCUAGCAAGAAUAGACACCGUAUUCACAGGGGUCUGAAAAUAGCGUUUAUUAUAACCACCGUGACUAUAAGCUUCAACUCGGUAGCUGCAGCUUCUCUCUCAGUUUGUGGAGUACUGAGAUCACGACGUGCACUUUAUUUCCUGAUCGUGUUGUGCUGGUUGAUGACAGUGAUGUGCUGGCUACUGUUUGGAGUAUAUUUCUUCUUAGACAAAUUUUCAAAGGAUGCUUGCACAGCUUUUGCCAAGUUCGAAGAGAAUCCCUACAACAGCAGCCUGAGCUCCAUCCUGCCUUGUGGCCGAUUGCUGUCAGCCAAAACAGUCCUCUAUGAUGUUAGUGCCGGCAUCUACAACUUUGUCAAUCAGGUGAAUGCAAACAUAUCACUCCAGAGGGGAAGCACCGUUCACGUGUGCAACCCUUUCUCGGCACCGCCCCAGUAUUCAUACCAGCCAGAGAACUGCCCUGCCAAUACUGUGCCAAUAGCUGAUAUCCCCAAGGUACUGAGGAUUUUUAUGUUUAGCAAAGCAGAACUCACAAGUGUGUAUGACAGGGUGGAGGCUUACACGAGCUCAAUUCAGGACCUGCUAAAUGUGUAUCCCAGCAUGGAAAACUUGGUAGAGUGCCAACCUCUGAAACAAGCAUUCUCUGAGAUUCUUGUCCAGCACUGCAAGCCUCUUCAGAACUUUGCCAAGAUCACAUGGGGAGGACUGGUGUUUCUUGCAGUCCUCAUGCUGUUUCUGGUUCUGUCAUGCGCCAUGAGCCCUAAACCCCCUUCUAAAACAGCUGCCACUGGGACCAGCUCAACACAUUCGCCAUAACUCCAACCCAGAUCUCACUUUGUAGGCAAUUCCAUUGGGAGGCAAAUCUCCCUAGCUUGUACACAAAGCUUAUGACUUUAGUUUUUGGCUAUUUGGUGAUAAAUACACUACCAAAUUUGCCUCCUUCACCACUUUAUUUCCGGUUGAGUUCUGAUGAUAAAGCUAGGGAACCAACCCUAACCUGUACAGAUACAAGAAAAUUAUCACACAGUAAUAUUAAAUUUUCACCAA